GCGCUUUUUGCCCCUCGCCUCGCCCAGUCAUAAAGCCGCUCCCGCUGUCCGCGCUACGCCUGCCCACACUCAACCCCACCAACAAGCCCGUUAAUUCUCUUCUCCUCUGCUCCCACCACCCCUCGCCCGACACGCCCGCCAACACCUGCAGCCAUGGCCUCCCAGGUCCCUACCCAGGCCAACAUCCAGUCGACGCACCCCUUCACCUGCAACACAUGCCAGGUCGCCUUUCGCUCGAGCGGGCUGCAGCGCGCCCACAUGCAGACGGACUGGCAUCGCUACAACCUCAAGCGCCGCGUUGCCUCGCUCCCUCCUCUGUCCUCUGAGAUCUUCACCGAGAAGGUCCUCGCCAACAAGGCCACCGCCGCUGCUACCGCCGCCAAAGCCUCUUUUGAGAAGGUGUGCGCCGCGUGCCAAAAGACCUAUUUUAGCGAAAAUGCCUACAACAACCAUCUCAACAGCCAGAAACACCGCAUGAAUGUGGCAAAGUCGGCCAAGGGCGCCCAUCUAGACGAUGCUGCCUCCGUGACCGGCUCCAUGGUCAGCUCGGCCUUUUCGCUUGGCGAGUCCAUGGCCGAGUCCGAGGCUACUGUCAACGGGGACGCAGACAAGGACGUUUCGACUCUUGCGGAUGGCGUUGAGAAGGCUACGCUAGAUGACGAGGCCCCGGAAUCGCAAGAUUCAGCUGCCACUCAAGACGACAAGAGCUCGGUUGCUGGUUCAACCAAGCCUGCCGGUGACCCUCUGCUCGACUGCUUGUUCUGCAAUUACAAAUCCCCCGGCUUCCAGCUCAACCUGACACACAUGGCCCGCUUCCAUGGCAUGUUUAUUCCCGAGAAGGAAUAUCUCGCACAACCCGAAGCGCUCAUCAAGUACCUCCACGAGAAGGUACAUGUGUACAACGAGUGCUUGAUGUGCCACAAGGUGCUCCACACUGCUUCUGGUAUACAAACGCACAUGCGUGACCGCGGCCACUGCAUGAUUGCUUUCGACACCGACGUGGAGCUUGUCGAGAUUGGCGAGUUCUACGACUUCCGGAGUUCAUACCCAGACGCCGCCGACUUCAACGACAUGGAAGAGGCCGAAGACUCAGACGACUCCUCAUCGACCACAGGCGGAGGAGGCAUCAAGCUCGGGGCCAGGCGCGAGACCAAGACGACUACAGAAGACGACGCAGCCAUGUCAAGCAAUGCCGAGGAUGACGAGGGCUGGGAGACGGACAGCACUGUUUCCAGCGUACCCACGGAAGAAAUCAUCGCUGUGCCUAUUGACCGCAGCCACCGCCACAAGUCGCUCAGCAAGUCCAAGCAUCACAGCCAUACUGACCCUCGCCCGCACCGCGCUGCCGAUGGCUUCCACUCGCACGCUCACCACACACCCCAAGCCGUCUACUAUGACGACUAUGAGCUUCACCUGCCAUCCGGCCGCACCGCCGGCCACCGCUCGCUCAAUAAGUACUACCGCCAGAACCUGCGCAACUACCCGGGCGUCGCGGAGCGCAUGGAAGAUGCCCAACGCCGCGCCAUCCCUGGCGCCAUCACCGCCGCCCCCGAAGACCAAGACGGCGACACCCCCAUGGACGGAGACGCCCAGCAACAGCAAGUCCUGCUUCGUGGCCGCGGCCACGACGUCAAGCGCCAGCUCCUCUCUUCGCGCAACAACGGCCUCCAGGGCAUGACGGGCGUCACAGACGCAAAGAAGAAGGAAGUGGAAGCCGUCGAGAAGCGCGACCGCCAGAAAGAACAACGUGCAAAGAACCGCUACCAGGCUGGCAACGAGAGACGCCACAACUUCCAGAAGCACUUCCGUGACCCCCUUCUGCAAUAGUCCUUGUUGUUCGUUCGUUCCUUUCUUUUUUUUCGGUUGGAGGUUUUUUCUAUCAUUUUGAAAUUCCGUUUGCUUUUUUUGUCGGCCCAUUGUUAACGGCUUUCAUGAGCAUGGCUGGCGUUAUGCAACUGCAGGAGGGUUGGGAACGGAGCGGAGCGGAGCGGAUGGAAGAUUAGCCUGGGAAGAGGGUUAUCGAAAGAGGCGGAUGAUGAUGAUGAUGAUGAUGAUGAUGUGACAUGGAGAAUGAUACGGCAGAUUGAGAGAGAGAAUGAAAUGACAACCCAGACAUGCGGAUCAGAGUGUUUAUGGUGGUGCCAUGUUAUGAUGUUUUGGGGGGAAGAAGGGGAGAGGGAUGGGAGACAGGAAAUCACCAGCGAAGGUUGUUAUGUAGGUACAAAGUAGCUGGAAUAUUCGUACUCGA